CAUCAUUUAGGGAGUUCGGUGGUCUGCUGCUCCGGCCGCUGAUGCUGCCGACGGCUCUUGUCGUGCAAUUAUGUUCCGACCGGAUUUAGUACGCUUCCUGACGGCCGCCGGCGCGGAGGAAAUUCGUGUCGGCAGCAUCCCGGUCCUGCCAGUUCACCCAAAACCGAGUGAGCUCAGCGGAGGGAUCGAGGAAAGCCCGUCCGCUUUUACAUUCACGCCGCGCCGAAUGAUGCUGGACAAGGACCAUGAUCUAUUUGAAGACGGUGACAUACACAGGCACCUGUAUCUGCGGGACAGCGCCGCUGGAAUGUCGGAGCUCCCUCAAGCUCCAACCGUGGCAGAGUUCCGGUGUCACAUCGCCGGGUGCAGUCAGCUCUUUGACACCCUGGAGUCCUACGAGCAUCACUACGACGCCCUGCACAGGCGCGUCUGCGCCGACUGCAAGCGCGCCUUCCCGUCGGACCAUCUCCUGGACAUCCAUAUCCAGGAGUGGCACGAUUCCUUAUUCCAGCUCAUGGCCAAGAAGCAGAACAUGUAUCAGUGCUUGGUUGAAGGAUGCAAUCUAAAAUUGAAGACCAGUACGGAGAGGAAGGAUCACCUUAUUAAGGUUCAUCGCUACCCUUCAGACUUCAGGUUCGACAAAACCAAGAAGAACAGGAGGCCUCCAGGUGGGGCACCCCAGCGUGUGGAGGUGAGCAUGGAGCUGGGGGACGAGCCGGGGGCUGGGGAGCCCAUGGAGGCCGAACCAGCUGUUCAGAAACGGGGGGAUCGACCCAGACCAGGCUACUCCUACAAGGUCCCUGCAUCUAUCUGCUUUGGCCAAGGAUCCGUGCGAGGAUUUAGAGGCGGGAGAAGACGCAAGUAGGCAGGACUGUUUUCAGCACUUGAGACAUGCCGCGCCCCAGCGAUGAUGGGGUCCUCUGGACUUUGUUAUUCACUCUAUGUGUAGCACACCAUUAGUGGGGCUUUUUUACAGGUCGGCUUACCAUCAAGUUAGCAGAAGCCUUUAUCCAGCAGGAUAGUUGUGAUUCUGCAUUGUAAAGUCUGCAGAAAGACUCAAUAUGGUUUACAUGAAAUGUGUGCUGUGGAAAAUCGCGUGCGUUUAUGAGAAAAUCACGUAAGUGUGUUGUAUGAGAUUUAAAUUUUAUCACGUGAAACCUUAAGUGAACGGCAUAACGGAUUUUGUGAAUUAGCGCAGGGUAUAUGUAUGUAAUUCCCUGCUUUUCCAGACGAUGUCGCGCACGUACCGUUGACAUGAUCACGCACCUCGGAGAUGCGGAGCGAAUUCCGCAGGACUCCUGGGCCAUUGUACGUAAAUGAAAUGAAAUGAUGGUAUAUUGAUCCCUGUGGAGAAAUUUUCUUUUCGCUGAGCCCAUCUUGUUUUUCAUAAUACACUUAAUUCUUAAUGUAAAUCUUUGGCUUUUUGCGAAAUCAGGGUUUACUGUUGUACGUACAUGUCACCCAAGCGCCUUCCUCCAAAGAGAGCGAUUAAAAAAAAUAUUCAUUAUAGCAAAGCGUUUAAAACAUAAUUGGUUUGGUUUUAUAGUUUAAGUGGACAUUUGUUUUGCUUAAGGCCAAUUUUCGGGUAAAUAGAUGUACUUCUUUCCAGAGUCGGUGGUUCUAGAUCUAUGGCAUUUCUGUAUGUUCCAGACUCAGACUCCAACAUGUAACCUUUGCCCAUGUUCUGUAUGUUAGCUUAUUUCAGUCUAUAUUUAGGCUGUAAACUGACAUGGAAAUUUCUGCAUUAGGCUUGUGUUUAAAUGGCCGUUCAGCUGCCUGUUUAUGAGGUGUUCAGAUGCUAGUUAUGUACAUUGUUUACCUUCAGUGAAACCUAAUGACAUUUUUGAAGUGAGUAAUUUUAAAACCUUUAUUGAAUAUUUUGUACAAAAUGUUUCUAAUCUUUAAAAUAUACAGAUGUAUAUUUAUAAACGUGUCAUAAAUAUUUCUUUUUGAUCAAUUUUAAGCAACCGUUGAAAGGUGCUUUGGAAAUACACUCAUCAUGCAGGUAAUACAACGUGACCGACUUAAUUAUGAAUGGUGAAACGUUAACUGUCGUAAUAUGGCUUUUUUAUUCUUAGGAGCUCAUGGAGAACAAUGUAUUUCUGGAUUGAUUUAACUCACCAGGAUUUAACUCUGCGAUAUAAAUGCACAAAGUUCCACAAUUGGAAUGUUUCGGAAUUCGGAAAACAAAAAAUGUUGACGAUGAUUGAACGAAUCAAGUUUUUUUUAUAUAGCUUUUCGGACUUGUUAUAAAAACGCGCCCCUUUUUAUACAGUCUAAAUAUAGUUACAUUUUGUAAUACGGUGCCGUGCCAAAAAUAGGCAUAUACACACUAUUAAAAACGUCGGUCGCUCAA